AUGGUCGGAAGAUUGUUCAACGACCUGGUGACGGCACUCGACAUCCUGCCCGAAUCGCCAACCGUCGAUAUCUGCAUCAACCACCCUUCCCCCGCAGUGCUUGCAGGAAAAGUUCGAGUCAUUGUCAAGCGGCCGUGUGUCUACAAGUCUCUGGUCUUGACUGUCACGGGGACCUCACGUGUUUGGAUGCGCCAGGGGGCCAAGACCAUCAAGGCUAAACAGGUCUUCUUGAAGACUUCCAAGGAGAUUGUCUUUGAGGGGCACGGUUUGAAUGCGGGUAUGAUUGGGAGUGAAAGUCGAGGUGGGGCUGGAAGUCGAGAGUUGCAGACACAGCAGCAGCAGAGACAACAACAAAGGGCGUCAUCGCUCUCGUCGAUGACUUCGUUAUCGAACAGUCAUCCGAGUAAUAUCCCCGUAUCGCCCCACUCCAUGACUGAAAUCGAGGCUUUCCCAUCUACAUCUACGACCACACCAGCCACCGCAGCAGCAGCAGCAGGAGGAGUGAUGACAAGGAUGAGCACUACUACGACGGCCAGUGCACAACAACCAGUGAGAUCGGGGGAACCUAGUCACGGAUUCAGCGUGCCUAAUAAUGUCACUAACGACGACGACAGCAGUCCUAUGACACAUCUGGGUCCACUCGACGGAAUUACCAUCUCCACACUCCCUUCAGACAACAAUACCAACAGCAACACCGUCAACAACAACAACCAACAACCCACCCUCCUCAGCCUCGGUCCAUCUCCUCACAACUGCGAUAACAGCAACAGCAGCAACGGCAGCAAUAGUAACAAUAAUAAUGGAUCUGGAACGACCACCAAUAGCAAUCUUCAAAAUCAAUUGCGACAGGGGGUCAACGAUAUUGAUUUCUACUUAGAGUUUCCAUCUCAUGUGGACAACCCUGAUACCAACAACAACAACAGCAACACUGCCGCCGGCGAUUCGUCCCGUUGUUUACCCUCGGGUCCAUUCAAGUCGUUCUCGGGAGAUUCGACCAUCGUGUACACACUCAGCGCUACAUUGGUCAUGAGUCGUCGGGAUAUCCUCGUCAACAACCAGAUGACGAUCUCAAUCCCCUUCCGAAUCCAGUGCUGGCAGGAUAUGGUUGACUGGCGCAACCACAGUGAGGAUCACUCUUAUCACGGAAAGAGGCGAGGCAAGAUUGAAUUUCGACUGCAGGUGCCCAAGCAACUUGAUAUACGACGACUCCAGGAUUUGCAGUUUGGGUUUGACGCUCGGUGGAAGACGCUUCAGGAUCGGCUCAAGAUCAAGGAGGUCCAAUACUCUAUUGUUGAAGAGGAGACACAAAUCCUUGGACCAAGAAUGGCACCCAACAUUCACACAACAGUCAUUAGCACAGCGGUGACACACGACUGCGCAGGCGACACCACCCCGACCGACACCUGGACUCAUAUGCGAGGAGCAGCCCGGCUUCAGAUCCCUCAACCGCACACCGUCAUGGAAUCCAUGUCCACACCUUGGCCUCAUACCUUGUCGGUCUCUCACAAGUUGCGGGUUGUCUUCCGAUUUGAUCAGUCGACGAACAAAGAGCGAGAUUUGCAAUUGUCGUUCCCGAUCUCGAUCCACCCGACUUUGAACGCUGCGGGCGGGCCGGUCCAUACGCAUGCGUUGUUUAGGCAUUUGAUGAGGUUGCAUCCGCAGAGUCGGACGCGGAGGAGGGCGAGGAGGGCGUUGUUUGGGAUAGUUAGUGGUGGUGCUGGGGAAGGUCAAAAUGAGGGAGGGAAUGGGGAUGGCGAGGAGUUGAGCGAUUAUGAUGAGGAUACGGAGUAUGAGGACGAUGAGGAUGGCGAUGGUGAGGUGGGCGGAGGAGAAAGUGGGGUCAAUGGCAACAAUACCGGCAGCGGCAACAGGCAUCUACCCGUCUACGCGGAUCGAGAAGGUACACUGCUGCUGAUGGUCGGACAUGAGGUCGUACAGGAGACAACAGACCUCCUCCAACCAGACCAAGUCGACGCCCUCGGGAUCUCGACCAUGCGAACAUCUAUAGCAACAAAUCCAGGAUUCUACUACUCGGGCGCGGAUCGACGCACAUCAUUACUUUACUCUCCUUCGGAGGCGUCCAUGUAUUCAGUACCCAACUCGCCCACGUCGCCGACCACGUUCAUGGAACAGUACUCUUGGGGAUGUGCUUAUGACGGUGGCGCUGGUGGUCUUGCGUCGUCCCCAACUAGUACUACGACUUUUAGCAUGUACUCAACUUCGCCCGACUUUGCGGUCACACCUUUGUCAUAUAUCGAAGCAGCAGCAGGAGCAGCAGGAGGUGAAUCGAUUGUUUCGAGGCGCCACUCGUCGUACACUAGUAGUAGUACUCCUAUGACGACGAUGGAGUUGUCGUUGCCUCCGCCCUAUGUGUUCCCGUCCGUCGCUGAGGAUGAAGAGGACUAUACCAUUCCUCCACCUUCGCCUCUGCCCUUCAGGAACGACGAUCAACGCCCGACGGUGCCCGCUGUGGCCGUGACCAGUUCACGGGCAGUAGACAAGGGCAAGGGCCGGAGUGACAAUGGUGACGAUGUGUCGAUGGUGGAUGUAGGAGUGGUUGCACAGGAUAUUGGACCUUCUUCAUCUUCUUCGGCUCCAAUGGCUGCGCGGCCAGUGGUGGGAGUUGGACCGUCAACAGUGAUGCCACCGUUUGGUCUGCCGAGCCCCGAGUAUGAGAUCCAUGAGUCUCCUCUACAUAGUUACGCGCACCAAGAUAUGGGCCGAGACAAGGGGAAGAAGAAGGAGCAAGGAAGAGAUGAGCAGACCACCGCAAGCGAUAUGUAG